AUGAUUGGCAGCUGGCAAGGACCAAUCCCCGGCCACUUGGCGGUUUUUAACAGCAGCGGAGGCGGAGGUGCCCUGUCGGGACCACCUGUGGCUGCGCACCGCUCCACCGCACCCUCACAGCGGACCCGACUCCGGGACCGUCUCUCCGCUCCCAACAUGUUUCGCUGGGCUUCAUGGCUCCUUGUCUUCAUCGCGGCUCUUUCAUCUUGCGAAGGAAGGACAACAGAGCAGCAAACAACUGUUACUGACACAACCCAAACACCAAGCUCUGACAGGACCAAAGGGGAAACCACUAGCAUGAUGCUCGGGACGCACGCACCCUCAUCUACAAGCAGAGAUUCAGAAGUAUCUACUUCAGAGAUGACGACCACCAUGAAUGAAGGGACAACAGCAACCCAGGCCUGGACCACCACAGCUGAGGGCAGCACAGUAAGGGGAGCAAUCAUGGAUGGGUCAACUCUCAUUACGCAACAAACGCGCAACCCCGACACAACAGCUACAGCCACCUCUCAGACCAGACAAACUGAAAUCACACAAAACAUUGACAACACAGCUUCAAUUACAGCUCAGCUUCCAACAAGUGGAUUCAAAUCAACUGGAGUGAUGACCAGCAUACCACAGAUUCCAACAACACCUAAGGGCGACAUCAGAACUGCCACAAUUACAGAGACCACUGACCACAGCAGUGACAAAACCCUGAUCACACAAACCGCUGACUACAAUAGUGUCACAACCACAGUUGCACCAACCACUGACCAUAACAGUGAGACAACCACAGUUGCACCAACCACAGACCACAAUAGUGAGACAACCACAGUUGCACCAACCACUGACGAUAGCAGUGAGACAACCACAGUUGCACCAACCACUGACCAUAGCAGUGAGACAACCACAGUUGCACCAACCAAGGGCCACAAUAGUGAGACAACCACAGUUGCACCAACCACUGACCACCAUAGUGAAACAACCUCGCUAGCACCAACCACUGACCACAGUAGUGAGACAACCACAGUCGCACCAACCACUGACCACAAUAGUGACACAACCACAGUCACACCAACCAAUGAACACAUUAGUGAUGCAACCACAGUUGCACCAACCACUGACCACAAUAGUGAGACAACCUCAAAUGCACCUACCACUGACCACAAUAGUGAUGCAACCACAAUUGCACCAACCACUGACCACAAUAGUGAUGCAACCACAGUCGCACCAACCACUGACCACAGUAGUGAUGCAACUACAGUUGCACCAACCACUGACCACAAUAGUGACACAACCACAGUCAAACCAACCACCGACCACAACAGUGACACAACCAGUGACUACAGCAGCGACACAACCACAAUAACGCCUACCUCUGAAUUCAGCGACUCAACCACACUCACGAACACCACUGACCUUGGGAGUGACACCACCACAAUCACAGCGACCACUGACCAUGACAACAACCAAACCUCAAAUAGAGCAACUACUGGGCACAACAGCCCCACAACCCUGGACACAGCAACUAGUGGAGAUGUUAUCUCUGCAUUUGCACCGACAGAACAUGACAUAACCUCAAUUUCAGACACAUCUCAGCUAAACAACACAAUUAUUCCCACGACACACAUGUCCGCAAUUGCUACAGCCUACACAUUCCUCACCAGUGGUCCAGCAUCAACUGCCGGGUCGCCAACAUCAAACUCUCCAGCAUCCACCUUCACAACAGCCACCUUCAGCGAUGCCACUAUCUUAACACCCACCCCACCUACAACCAUUGUGAAUGAACGUCCAGUCAUAGUUUGCCCAGCGGCGCAGUGUCCGCUGGAAUCCAUCUGUGUGAAUGGGACCUGCCAGUGUCUCGCUGGUCACUACCUGCUCGUCAACGCGUGUGUGCGAGCCCAAGUGUUUCCUGGUCAGCUUCAUCUCACUUCCUUGCAGUUUCACCAAGAAAUGUCCAACAGAUCAUCGAGCCGCUUCCGAGAGACCGCAGCAAGUAUUUCAGCGGAGCUCAGAAAGGCUCUGAAAAGUCAGGCUGGAUACAUAAGAAGUGAUGUUGCUCAGCUCCAACCAGGUAGUGUGUUGGCAUCCGUGAACAACAUCUUUGAGAACACAGAAGCAUCUCAAGAGUCGGUGGAGCAGUCCAUUCAUGCAGCUAUAGCUCGGAGCCAAGGAGGACUGUUGUUAAAUGCUGCAUAUAAUGUCACAGACCUGUGUCAGCAGCAACCAAUGCCCUGUGACCCCCUCACCACCAAAUGCCUGGUCAGAAGUGGGUUGGCUUUAUGCACCUGUAAAGAAGGCUACAUCUCCAUCCUGUACUCAAACAUCAGCUGCGCAGCGUGUCCCAGCGGGCAGAUGGCUGUGAGAGACAAGUGCGAACCGUGUGCUUUUGGACGAGCUGGUUUCAACUGCGAUGACACGUCUCUGAUGGCCGUGGUGGUGGUCUCCUGCGUCCUGGGUGGAGUCCUCAUCUUACUCCUGGCUCUCAUCGUAUGUAGCUGCAGGUCGCGCUCCGACAGUCAGUCAGACAUCGGUCUGAGCCCGUACCCCACUGGAGAUCUGAGCAAGCCCUGGCCCACCGGCGUGACCCCCAUCCCGCGGGCCACAACGAAGUGGGACGGAGCCGCGUCGAUCGAGAUGGCAGAAGGAGGCAGCAGCUUCGGGGUCAAGAAGCAGACCAACGGUCUGUCAGGGUCAUAUGACCUCCAUGAAGAGGGAAUGAAGACAUUCAAAGGUAAAAAUACUUCCCGGUAUUCCUACCUGGUUCAAGGCCACGAGAAUCCCUACUUCCUUCCGGGAGACGAGAGGAAGGAGUGAAGACGGCGGAUCCUGCGACCAAUGGAGGAGCUUCAGAGCAACUUUUGUUUAUUCUUUAAAACAAAACUGGACAGCCAUGAAGGCACGUCGCCAGAUUUGAAUCCUUGCAGGCAUCUAGUUCUUCGAGAAAAAAAUGAAAAAUCACGAAUCACUGCAUCUUUUUUAAUGCUGAUUACAACCAGCAGAUGUCGCUGGUGCUGCGUAUUGUCUCCAUAUUUAUGUGUCUUGUACAUUUCGCUGAAUAUUUCAUGGUGAUUUUUGUUAUUUCCAUUUCGAUUUCUAAUAACUUGUGCUUCUGAAAGCGCGUGACUGAAAUGUAUUUUAGAAGUCUCAAUCCGAGCAGGGGCUGGAUCCCCGGUGGAGGGUUUCAAACUGCUGACCUCUGAGUACGCAGAGCUGGUGGUGAAGUCCUGGAUGAUGUGCCAAUAAUCGCUUGUAUCUAUGUUCAUGAGAAAGUGCACUAUUUUAUAAAACACGUUUGCAAAUGUUGGAAGAUGCUUGGAAUAUGUGGAAAAUAAACUAAUUUAAA